AUGUUUGCUGUUGCUUUUUUCCUCUUGUCUUUGAUGACUUGUCAGCCUGGGGUAGCCAUACAGGAGAAGGUGAACUGGAGAGUCAGUCGGGCUGUUCAGAGUUCUACUCCCACAGCUGUUUCCUGCCAGCUGGGCAACUGGGGAGAGUGGACAGAUUGCUUUCCAUGCCAGGAGAAAAAGUACAGAUACCGGAGCCUCCUGCAGCCAAACAAGUUCGGGGGAACCAUCUGCAGUGGGACUGUCUGGGACCAAGCCAGCUGUCACAGUCCCACAGUUUGUGUGAAGCAAGCACAGUGUGGACAGGAUUUCCAGUGUAAGGAGACAGGUCGCUGCCUGAAACGCCACCUGGUGUGUAAUGGAGACAAGGACUGCCUGGAUGGCUCUGAUGAGGACAACUGUGAAGACGUCAGGGUCCUGGAAGAUGACUGCAGCCAGUAUGACCCGAUUCCAGGAUCAGAGAGGGUGACCUCGGGGUAUAAUUUCCUGACCCAGAAAGAAGCUCAGAGCGUAUACGAUGUCAGGUAUUAUGGGGGCCAGUGUGAGACCGUAUACAACGGGGAAUGGAGAGAGCUUCGGUACGACUCCACCUGUGAGCGUCUCUACUAUGGAGAUGAUGAGAAGUACUUCCGGAAACCCUACAAUUUCCUGAAGUACCACUUUGAAGCCCUGGCAGAUGCUACAGUCUCCUCCGAGUUGUACGAUGAUGCAAAUGACCUUUUUUCUAAAGUAAAAAAUGACAAGUCUGUGUCGGCUGGAGUGACCAUUGGUGUGAGCCCUGCAGGCAGCCCAUUUACUGCAACUGCAGGUGUAUCUGGGUCACGAGACAGUUCGUUCUUGAAUAAGUUAAGCAAGUAUAAUCAGAAGAAAUAUGGCUUCAUCAGAAUUUUCACAAAGGUGCAGACUGCUCAUUUUAAGAUGAGGAGGGAGAACAUCAUGUUGGAUGAAAUUAUGCUGCAGUCAUUAAUGGAGCUUCCAGAGCAGUACAAUUACGGCAUGUAUGCCAAGUUCAUCGAUGACUACGGCACCCAUUACAUAACGUCUGGAACAAUGGGUGGCAUUUAUGAAUAUAUCCUGGUGCUUAACAAAGAAAGAAUGGAAACAGCUGGUGUUACCAGCAAUGAUAUCAAGACAUGCUUUGGAAUCUCUUUUGGCAUCGACUAUGACUAUACAGAUACAACACAAAUUGGAGGACGUUUAUCAGGAGAAGCUUGUAAAAAAUUUGGAGGUGGCAAAAUGGGCAAGUAUUUAAAGACAGUGGGUGUGGAAGACAUCAUUUCUCUGGUGCAAGGUGGCAGCUCUGGCUGGGGAGGUGGCUUGACACAAGACAGGAGCAUCAUUACGUACCGUUCCUGGGGGAGGUCAUUAAAGUAUAAUCCUGCUGUUAUUGAUUUUGAGUUGCAGCCCAUCCAUGAGCUACUGCGGCACACGAACCUGGGGCCUCUGGAGACCAAGCGCCAGAACCUGCGGCGAGCCUUGGACCAGUACCUGAUGGAAUUCAAUGCCUGCCGCUGUGGGCCCUGCUUCAACAAUGGGAAGCCCAUCCUCGAUGGUACCAGCUGCACAUGUCAGUGCCCCCUGGGUCGCCAUGGCCUUGCCUGUGAGCAAAUGGAGGCAGAGGGAGCCAAGGCGGAUGGUCACUGGGGCUGCUGGAGCUCAUGGUCUGCUUGCAAAUCGGGCAGCCGGGAAAGGAGGAGAGAGUGUAACAAUCCUGCACCCCAGAACGGAGGCACCUCGUGUCCGGGUCACAGAGUGCAAACCCAGGCAUGCUGA